CGAUUGCUCUCUGCAGCACUGGCACUACCAUCGCCAACUAAUAAUUUGGAUUAAGUGCAUUUGGCAUUCGAUUUACCCCGUGUUUUGUGUUGUUUUCCUUACAUUAAAUCAACAUGGCAGCUUACACCGAGGAUCAGUUGGCUGAGUUCCAGGAGGCCUUCAAUCUGUUCGACAAUCGCGGCGAUGGCAAGAUACAGCUGGGCCAGGUGGGAGAGUGUCUGCGCGCUUUGGGACAGAAUCCCACCGAGUCGGAUGUGAAGAAGUGCACACAUCAGCUGAAGCCCGAUGAGCGCAUCUCGUUCGAGGUCUUUCUGCCCAUCUACCAGGCGAUUUCGAAGGCGCGCUCUGGCGAUACGGCCGAUGAUUUUAUUGAGGGCUUGCGCCAUUUCGAUAAGGAUGCCAGCGGUUAUAUAUCAUCUGCUGAGCUGCGCCAUCUGUUGACCACCCUCGGCGAGAAGCUCACCGAUGAGGAGGUCGAACAGCUGUUGGCCAACAUGGAGGAUCAGCAGGGCAACAUCAACUACGAGGAGUUCGUGCGCAUGGUCAUGAGCGGAUAGAGAACCAGCACCUUAAACACCAACAACCACCAACAACAACAAUAAGAACAGCAACAAUAAUAACACUCACCUGCCAUGCUAGCUAGCCGUUCAUUCCGCCAAACUCCAAUUCCAAGAUUCCACUUUGUUUAAGUAGCAGCAGCAGCACUAGGAGCAGAAGCGUCUGUCCAAUAGUUUUCUCUUAGCCACAAAUUUGUAUACUUUUUUAUAUAUUUUUUUUAUAUAUUCUUGCAUUUCGGAUGCAAAUAUAAUCGAUUCCAUCUAAAGACAAACGGACGAACCUUUAGCGCGACUAACAUCAAACUUAAGUAUACCACACACACACACACACACAUACACCCACAAACACACACACACAACACUUAACCGUUGUUCAAUGCAGGGUAAUUCACAUCGACACAAAAAAAAACCUAUUUAAAUGGUCGCAUCGUUAAA